AUGAUCAUGGACAUCCACGCGACCAACGAUCCUUCAUCAGCGCAUGAUGCUUUGUCCGGAGAGAUUUCAUCACCGGAAAUUGCUUCAAAUGAUAAUACAGUCACGCCUCUCGAUCUUGUAGAAGGUCCAAAAAUUCGCACGAAGCUGCGCCUGUACGCUAUCUUACUGGCUCUCUAUCUUGCCCUUGGCCUAGCCGCUCUUGACCAGACAAUUGUCUCAAUAGCCAUUCCCACAAUCUGUGCUGAUUUGCAUUCUGCUUCUGGUUAUGUUUGGAUUGGUGGCGCCUACCUACUUGCCAACGCCGCUACAGGCCCAAUCUGGGCAAAGUUCAGCGACAUAUGGGGCCGCAAGCCCGUGCUUCUCAUAGCAAUUGGGUUGUUCGCAGUCUCUAGCAUCCUUGUGGCGCUAAGUAUCAAUAUGACAAUGCUCAUCGCUGCACGCUCAUUACAAGGUGUCGCUUGUGGUGGCCUAGGACAAGUAGUGAUUAUCACGAUUUCAGAUCUUUUUAGUGUACGGAAACGAUCGUUAUACUUAGGUUUUGUUGGAUUCGUGUGGGCAGUCGCUGGAUCAGCUGGUCCGCUAAUCGGAGGAGCUUUUAUACAGUACAAGAGCUGGAGGUGGUGCUUCUGGAUCAAUGUUCCCAUAUCGGCAGUAACCUUCGUUCUCUUACUUCUGCUGCUCGAUGUGCACAGCCCACGCACAAAAUUAAUCGAAGGCCUUCGAGCUGUCGACUGGUUCGGGACAAUCUCCAUUUUAGCGGUAACCCUCCUCAUUCUUGUCGGACUCGACUUUGGUGGCGCAAUAUUUCCAUGGAACAGCCCAAAAGUCAUCUGCUUGAUUGUAUUCGGAACCCUGAUGAUCGGGUUCUUCCUCUUUAGCGAGAAAAAACUGGCCAAGUAUCCCCUAAUGCCGCUAGCAGUGUUUACAAAUUCGUCCAACAAUGCAACCUUUAUAGUUGUAUUUGCGCACAGCAUGGUUCUAAUAGGCAUUGAAUAUUAUCUACCAUUAUACUUUCAAAGCGUACUACAAGUGUCACCUCUCCGUAGCGGUAUUUUGCUGCUACCACUAAUAGUAAUACAAGCUGUCUUUGAGAUUCUGGCUGGUGCUACGAUACACCGCACAGGCCGCUACAGGGAAUUCAUGUGGGUAGGAACAACCCUUAUGACGUUAGGAACAGGGCUGUACAUACAUUUUGGAGCCGAUACAUCCGUUGCAGUCGUCAUUGGGUUGGAAACUGUUGGUGCUUUUGGCCCCUCUCUUCUUUUCCAGGCCCCCAUGGUUGCUAUUCAGAACACUGUUAGCCAGGUCGACACUGCCGCAGCCACAGCUUCUUUAGGUUUCGUCCGCAACAUCGCAAUGGCGUUGUCUAUCGUGGUCGGUGGUGUGGUUUUUCAAAACAGUAUGGAUGCACGACAAUCAUCCCUUGCUGCCACUGGCCUCAGUGAGCCUAUUCUCAAGGCUUUGUCAGGUAGCCAGGCAGCAGCAAACGUGGGCAUUCCGCAGUUAAUCCGGGAUGCUUCCCAACGUCGGGUGAUUUUAGAAGCUUUUGCAUGGAGUCUCAGGAAUAUGUUUAUAUUGUAUACGUGCUUGGCAGCUGUGGCUAUGGUAGCUAGUAUAUUCAUCAAGCACCAAAGGCUAAGCACCGAACACACAGAAACAAAGACAGGAAUACAAUCGUUAAAGAAAGUGGCGGUUACGACAGGCUAAUUAGCUACAAGUCACAAUACCAGCAAAACUGAUACCACGAUCAGCCGCCUCACAUGAAACUCUCCGAAAGCUAAUGCACGAAGUGUUAGCAGGUGUACCAGUGCCGAUUUGAAAGAUAUUACCAACACGAGAGAUAUCACUUCGAACGCUUCCCAAGGACCAUUUUAUCUGACACAUGGAGGUAUUGCUGGCAUUGGGCCUUCAAAAUAUCUGGAGGGUACUCGGGUGCACUGUGAUGAGAGGAAAGGAGGCAUGCACAUUUUCAAAAUGUGCAAUAUCGCAAAUUACCUUCGAGGUUUCGAAGGUAAAAAGUCUGUUGCAGGAGCCUCACUGGCGCAUCCGCUGACAAAAAUAAGGAAUAAUGGGAAAUGAUUCAGGAACUAUCCCUACUGAUAGAUCGACGGAGAAUGGAAGAGUUGACGCUUGAAUUUUUUGAAACUUAGAAAUGUCAAUCUUGAAAUGUAUGGAGGAUUCCGGUAGUUUGUCAUUCAUGAUAGAUUAGAAUACAGAUGAAAUAGUGAAACAAUGAAUGUCGGCGUUACCUAGUAAAUUAACACUUUUUGAAAGGAAAAACAGUCCAUGGUAUGUUCUUCUUGGUCCCAUGAUUGCAGUAUAGGCAUGCAUCAUGAAGUCAGCAAGCGAACCUAUCAACAAUCUGAGACCUCAUCAUGGGCGAGAUAUAUCACGCCAUUGGAUAAUAGUAACAGUCAUAUGACAC